AUGAAUGAAAAAGAUGAUGUAAACGUAUUAAAAUUAUAUUUUAGAUUUUUCUUUACAGCUUAGAUUAUGCAAAUGUUACAUACUAUAAUAAAUAUCAACUUAAUGAUGAUUUAUAAUUAUGCAUGAAUGGUAAAAUAGAGAAUUAAAUUGUUGAAUAUAAUGUUUCAAAUAAUUUCUCUUAUGAAAUAGUUUAAAUGAAUAUAGAUGUUACAUAUGAUUACUUUACAUUUUGGUAAAUAUGGGUGCUUGUAUUAGUAAUUGUAUUAUGUGUUGGUGUAGGAUUUUAUUGUUGGAAAAAACAAAGAAAUUAAAAAUAACAGAAACUGUAUUUAUUAGAAUGA